CGCCGCACUGUGCUCUGUUUCGACGACUAUGUGUCCCCCGAGCACGUCAUUGAGCGUGGCCUGGACCAGGGCUGUCCCUUCUCGGUCAUCUGCCACCACUUCCACAACGCCCCCUCCCUCGAAGUUGCUCAGGUGAAGCACGGUGAACGCGCAGUCGGCUUUGUCGACGACACCACACUCAUCGCA